UUUUUUUCUUUAUUAAGAGAGAAAAAAAAAGAAAAAAAAAAAGAAAAAAUUUUUUUAUAUAUAUUAUUGUUAUGUAUCUAUUUGAGCCUAGUGAACUUGUUUCUUUACUUGGACAUGCAACCACUGUCACUUUAAAGAAUAAAAAGACAAUAGAAGGCUAUUUGUAUACUAUUGAUCCAGAUGCUCAUCACGUCGUGUUAUUUCAACAUCCCAACAAAGUGAUGGUGAUUAUGCACCACACAAUAACAGACAUAAAAAUUGAUCAACAGCACAACAUAGACUCGAGUACAAUGGAUGCAUUACUUGAUUAUGACGCCAAGCCAUCCACAGCAUGGAUAGAGAAAAGGCGCCUAGAUCUAAUGGACCAUUUACACAAACACCGUGUGCCUAUAGAAUGGGACGGCCAAGUGAUUCAUGUCUUGAGUUGUGCACGUGUUGAAUCCCCUUAUGUGGCUACGAGUAUCGUAUGCGAUAAUGCCCUGAUUCGAAAACGUGUGCGGGACAUGAUUCUUCAAUUUGACUGAGGUGAAUUAUGAAGCAUCACUAACACAUUGGCUGCAUCUUGUUCAGUAGGUGAAGUACUGCGUUUUUCUGAAAUAGGAUAAUGAAGUAAUAAAGUGGAAAUAUAGCGAGCAGGUGUAUAUGUUGCAUGUGUCUGUGUUGGAUAAUAACGAUGCUUGGUAACUUUUGGAAGAAUUGAUUCAAGUGUAUAAAGGUCAUAGUGUUCAUAGCCAUGCUUUCUUUUAAAAUUAGCCAAUGCUAAUCUCACUUUUAAACGAUAUACUGUCUAGACAACCAUAAGUGACUCUGUUUAUACAAUGCUUUGUUACCUCUUUCAUUGUCUGUGUCAUUAGAAAUAAAAAGAGAGAGAGAGAGAGAAAAAAGGAAAAAAAAAUGAGAAAGCAGUUUUAUAGAUAGACAACUUAUUUUGGGUUAUGACGCG